GCUUGCGACGAGGAUCAGAACACAGCCGUCCAGCGCUUCUUCACCGCCCGUGACAUGUUUGAGCUAUUCCGUGCGGUUGUGCCGGUACUGCGGGAUGAAGCCAUACGGAUAGAUCCAUCUGUGGCAUUUCUGGUCUACACGGAUUGCUUGUACCUGUCGCACAAGCUGUCCACCCUGGCCAUGGCGUUUGUGGGCAAGAUACCUCUGGCGGAUUCGUGUGUGUGGUAUGUGUGUACUCAGACCCCCAAGUGA